UUGAGAAUAACCUACUUGACGCUCCAUCAUCCUAAUCUCGGUGCGAUUAAAACAUCACACAAAGAAAAGAAACUAAAGAAACCAUUCACCCGAACCUUUAUCACCCUGACCAAAGGGGGGACAAUCUCGAAAAACAACCACCCCACCGGGAUUGACCUUUCAUUUCAUUUUUUUUUCUCGCCGGUUCCUUGUUUGCCGACCUGAGCCGAUAUCAGCUACAAAUAACUACAAAUAAAAGGAAACGUUAGCAUUAAACAGCAAAACGCAAACGACUGACCCACACGAUAGUGUUGUUCUGGGUGCGUUCUUUGGCGUUCUCUCUAUCUCGCUCUCUGUACCUCUUACUCUCAUUAUCUUAUGUUGAAAUAAUCGUCAAUAAUCGCCCAAUGUGCCUACAAUCUCGUGCGUCGUACGCACACGAAACGCCAAAAAAAAAGCAUCCGUAACGGUCAGGAGGAAAACAAAACGAUAGUGGUAAAUGUGUGCAAGUGCACACGCGUUCGCCCGCGCACACACGUUGCAAGUGGAUGUUGUAAUUGUAUAGCAAUUGAAUCUUCAAUUGGCCGCCACCCCACACUGCCGGCCACCUUACAGCAUCAUACAAGCGGCAUCGGUUUAUGUGCGCUGCCCGUCAGCCUUUCUCUCGGUGCGCACGCAUACAGACAGAAGUGCCGAUCAGGUCACAAUUCAUCUUUAUUUGCAAGCCGUACACGAUCCCAUCAGAUCAGUACGCUGAAGUCAAUUGAACUGUGCGAACGCGGUGGCGCUACAGUUUUGCACGGUCCCGUAACGCAUACAGCAGCGAAAAGUUUGAAUCGUUAUAUACUCACACACACACAAGGCAGGCGAUCAUGUCGCUGACGGUGGAGCUGUUCGAUCUUCCGGCACACCAGUUCCGGGUGUUUUGGGGCGCUUCCGGUAGCAUGUGGCAAUCACUGUGGGACCGCUUCUUGGACAUAACCGGUGAUAAUCCACUCGCCCUUUGGACCGUCGGGUCGUACGUGUACACGUCGCUGAUCUACUGGUGUAUCGGGCUCGUGUACACGCUAUUUGACGUCACCGGACGGCCGGGAUUUCUGCGCCGUUACAAGGUACAACCCGGUACGAACGAACCAGUCGAUGCAGGCCGGUUACGCACCGUCAUCCGGCAGGUGCUGUUCAAUCAGUUCUGCACCGGGAUGCCGCUGCUGUUUCUCAUGUACUAUCUGCUGCCGGUGCAAACACGGGCAACGGUCCGCGAGCUACCAACCUUCGUUACCGUCGUCUGGCAGCUGGCCGUAUGCAUACUGAUCGAGGAGGUGAUGUUCUACUACAGCCAUCGGUUGCUACACGAUGGUCGCAUCUACCGGUACAUCCACAAGCGCCAUCACGAAUGGACGGCACCGAUCGCGAUCACCGCGAUGUACGCACAUCCGAUCGAGAACGUGCUAAGCAACCUGCUACCGAUAGCGGUCGGCGUAUGGACGACCGGUUGCCACAUCUCCGUCGCGUGGCUUUGGUUUACCAUUGCGAUUUCCAACACGCUGCACGUACAUUCCGGCUACCAUCUGCCAUUUCUGCCCAGUCCCGAGCAGCAUGAUUUUCAUCAUUUAAAGUUCAAUCAGUGUUACGGCGUGCUGGGUGUGCUUGAUUGGUUGCACGGAACGAACGAAAUGUUUCUCCGCUCCAAACAGUCCAAGCGCGAUUACAUUCUGACAUCGCUGGAACCGGUGCGGGACACCCAUCCCGACCAAUAGACCGGUAACGGUGAAAAAGCUGCUGUUACCAAUACAAAAUAUUCUUUUGCUUUGGCGAAAGCGAAAGAAAACUCCUUGAAGGAGAAUAUUUUGCCUUUUAAACCAUUGAUGUAUAUUAGCUUUCGUCCGUUCGCUUCCAUUUUAGGAGCAGCGAAAGCAAGCCACGUUUUAUGUAACAAAGUUAUGGAAAUUUUAUUUUUUUUUAAUAAUAAAUGUGACAAAAAGUGAA